UGUGUGUGUGUGUGUGUGUGUGUGUGUGUGUCUGUGUCUGCAGGCAUCAGAGAGCGACUGGAGGCCACAGAGACGACGCUCAAGGCUGCGAGAGACGUACCGAAGGUGGCGUUUGCCGUUUCUCUCGGAGGAAACGGUCUUCUGAAGACGACGUCAGGAAGCAGGACGCUCGUCUACAAAGAUGUCCUGACCAACAUCGGACAGGCGUACAACCCUGAGAGCGGUGUGUUCACGGCACCUGUUCGUGGAGUCUACUACAUCCGCUUCACCGCCAACGCCCCCACCGACUUCCCCAUGAGCGCAGUGCUCUACAAAAACGGUGCUUCUAUCCAGCUGAUCGCCCACGAGCAGGCGUCCGGUGAAGGCAGCGACACGGCGUCCAACGGCGCCACCCUGCUGCUGGAGCAGGGGGACACACUCUCCAUGCAGCUGUGGCACAACACUCAGAUCUGGGACAACAGUAACCACCACAGCACCUUCAGCGGCUUCCUGCUGUUCGCCAUGUGAGGACGAACACAACGCAUCGGCUCAUCUGUCGCCAUCAUCAUCUUUGUUGUAAAAUCCAGUGAAUGUUACGUCACUGCCUCCGUUUGAUUUAGACUCUGUUCAAAUAAAAUCACCUGAUCUUUCAAACUCA